ACUAUUUCGCUCGGCUCUCUAUUAAUUAAAUCUCCAAAUUCCCAAAUGAUACCUAUUUCCUCUUCUUCUUCUUCACUUCAGUUCAUUUUGGAUGAAGGAGAUAGAAUUAUUAGAUAUUAAAAGCCGUCAGCGAGAAGAGAGGGAGAGCAACCGUAAUUUUAGUCCCCUCCCCGCCCUCAGCUCUCCAUCGUCCGUACCAAAUUAGGAAUUUUUUUUUAAAAAAAAAAGUUGAACAGAAAGUAUAUAUAAUUUAAUAGAAAACCCACGACAAUGGAGACGCCGUUUCUCGACAAACCUCGCAACGGAGGACCCGCAACAAUGCCGGCCGAGGAAGACUCGUCGCAGCGGUCGCGAUGGAGGCCGGAGACCUCGAGGCCGAUCCCAUCGCCGGCGGCGCCGCAGGAGGAGGAGGGGGGCGCAAGGGUUCGGUGAGCGUGAAGGAUGAGGCUGUGGUCAAAUCGGCGGGCGACGCUUGGUCCAUGUUCCUGAUGGAAUCCAAGAAGCUUUGGGCCAUCGCGGUGCCCAUUGGAUUCAACGUCCUCUGCCUCUACGGCCUCAAUUCCUCGACCCAGAUCUUUGUGGGGCAUCUCGGAAACCUCGAGCUCUCCGCCGUCGCCAUCGGGCUCUCCGUCAUCAGCAACUUGUCUUUUGGAUUCCUCCUCGGCAUGGGGAGUGCGCUAGAGACGCUAUGUGGGCAAGCGUUUGGUGCAGGACAAGUCGCGAUGCUUGGCGUCUACAUGCAGCGUUCCUGGAUCAUCCUCCUCGCUUCCGCACUCCUCAUGUGCCCGCUCUAUUUAUUCGCGACACCCAUUCUAAAACUCCUUGGCCAAGAUGAUAACAUUGCCAAAGCCGCUGGCAGUUUCACGGUGCAGAUCAUUCCCCAGAUGUUCGCCCUCGCCAUAAAUUUCCCGAGCCAGAAGUUCCUUCAGGCCCAGAGCAAAGUCUCGUUCCUCGCCUGGAUUGGUGGGGCCGGCCUUUUGUUCCAUGUAUUUUUGCUAUGGCUGUUCAUCUAUGCCUAUAACAUCUCAAUGUGGGGAGUGGCUCUGGCUCAGGUUGUGUAUGUCAUGGGGUGGUGCAAGGAAGGGUGGACUGGCUUCUCUUGGGACGCUUUUAAGGACAUCUGGGCUUUUGUUAGAUUGUCUUUUGCUUCUGCUGUCAUGCUUUGUCUCGAGGUUUGGUACAUGAUGGUUCUAGUUGUACUCGCCGGCCACCUCAAGAAUGCAGAAAUUGCAGUUGGUUCCAUUUCCAUUUGCAUGAACAUAAAUGGAUGGGAGGGCAUGAUCUUCAUUGGGAUCAAUGCUGCUAUAAGUGUUCGAGUUUCAAAUGAGCUUGGAGCAGAUAGACCGAGAGCCACCAUGUAUGCUGUAAUUGUUGUGAUUUCCACUUCACUUGCAAUUGGUCUCUUUAGCAUGGUCGGAAUAUUAGCAUUGAGAGAUUAUUUCCCUGUCAUCUUCACAAGCGACAAAAAUUUGCAGCGAGCAGUUUCUAAUAUAGCUGGUCUUCUUGGCGUGACCAUGGUGCUUAAUAGCAUCCAGCCAGUGAUUUCAGGAGUUGCAAUUGGGGGUGGAUGGCAGGGAAUGGUGGCUUACAUUAACUUGGGAUGCUACUAUGUAUUUGGUCUUCCUCUAGGAUUUCUUUUCGGAUAUGUAUUCCACUGGGGAGUUGAGGGAAUUUGGGCGGGCAUGCUCUGCGGGACUGCACUUCAAACGUUAAUUCUAUUAGUCAUAGUUUGGAGAACUAAUUGGAAGGAGGAGGCUGCACAAGCUUCAGAGCGUGUGCGGUUGUGGGGUGGUCAAGAGGAAAGCGAAAAAUUGCAAACUUGAUCUUAUUUAUUUAUGUUUAGAUUCAGUUUAUGUUUAGAUUUAAAUGAGCUUAUUAGAUUCGUAAAUUUAGGCCCAAAUAGCUAGGCAACCUUCAGAUUUUUCUUACACUAUAAAAUGGCUGUAACAUAAUCUCACAUGAUUGUGAUCAUGACAUCAUGUUUAGUUUCGUGUUAUAAUAGUUUGAGGGAUCGCUGAAAAUUUGAGGUCUUGAUGGAUGAGGUGCAAGUCCAGCUUUUAAUUUUGUAACCCUAAAUGGUGACUCA